AUGUCGCCAGAUCUCAAUUUCUUUCCCACUGACGUGGAUAACAUGAUCAACGUCAUCGAUACUUCCCAAACUCUGUGUCGAGAGCAAGUGUCUCAGUUUGAAAGUGCUAUCAUUGACGAGCUUGCUUCUCUGGCGGACGAACUACAAGGGACCGCGAGCGACCCCUCGAGAGCAUAUCCACAUAAUCUUACUUUCAUUGGCCACUAUCAAUGGCUUCCGCUACCUACAGUUGUCUAUGAGCUCGAAUAUCCGCGACUCAACAAGAUCAAAUGGAGUUAUGUGGCCGAAAAAGUCGCCGCGAUGAUUGGAAUUAUAUUUGUGAUGAUCCAAGUUUCCCAGUACUACAUAUACCCUGUUGUGCUGGUGACAAUUGAGAUGAGAGAGAACGGCAUGCCUUUGAUCGCAAGAUUCAGAGAGUUCCCGUGGUUGCUUGGUGAUUUGCUCUUUCCCUUCAUGAUGGAGUAUCUGCUUACAUGGUAUCUGAUAUGGGAGACGGUUCUCAAUAUUCUGGCCGAGUUGACCUACUUUGCAGACCGGCACUUUUAUGACGCUUGGUGGAACAGUGGUAAGCAACAUCUUCGUGUUGGUCGUCCUGAAGCCUUUGACUUACUUCACUUCCAGUAUCCUGGGAUCAAUUUGCACGAGACUGGAAUCGACCAGUGCACAUAUUCCUUCUCCGCCAUGUUUACCACAGUUCUAUCUCGUCCCUAA